CCCAUUUUUUAUGCCCAUUCGGGUUGUCAGCGCAUUUUUUCAUCUGCCCACCUACUACUCAUCAAGAUUACAGCCACCAAAACAAACAAAAACACUCUACACCAGCCAUGGACAAGCCAAACCACACCGCGCCACCCAUGGAUCCCAAUCAGCACCACGUUUUUGGUGACCAAAACCUACGCAGAGAGAUCCUUCUAAGGAUCAAUUCCACAGCCUCCACCACCAGAUGCGCCCGCGUCCACAGGUGUUUCAUGGAGGAAAUCCAACAUCAAGAUUUUGCACUAGCCUAUUCCAAGAUCCAGGAUCCGGCUAGCAUAGUUUUCCUGGUUGAAUCAGGGGAUGGAGCAGGCCGGAUCACCUGGCUUGCCGACACGACGGAUAAGCCCGGAGACGACACGGUGGCUCGGUUAAGAGCACGCAUCAGCCGCCCCUCUCUAAUCCGUGAGAGGGUCGUCGGCUGCCGACGAGGAGUCGCAGUGGUCGAAAGAACUGACGGAUAUUACACCAUCAGGCCCUGCAUCGGGGAAAAGGAGGUUACGGCGGUGGCGCCGGCUGCUCCGAAAAUUGUGCGGUCAGCGGAAUACAUCUCCUCCAACAACUACGGCAAGUACGUCAUGCUCCAAGAUCUUGUUCACGGAGGAAUCGGCUUCUUCGUCCAGGACUCAUCUGCCCAGCCCACACGCACCGAUUUUGGGGUGAUUGCUUGGAGGAGCCUAUUCUGGCUUAUGAAAGAUUUCACGGCUGAGAAUGUCAAAGCAGACCUGAAGGCGCCGGGGCCAGACCCGGCAUGUCGGUGAAAUUUUAGUAGUGCUACUGGGAAGCUGGUGAGGGGCACGGUUAGGGCUGAAGUGAAGGUACUAAACAAAAUUGCCAUCUUGGAUGAUUGGAACAAAACCAACAUGCUUUUGAUUCAAAGAAGAAAAGGUCCGGUGUUGAGGGUGUGGUGACACAAAAACCAGAUGUGAGUAAAUAAAGCCUAUAAAUGACCGAGUGGAAUGGCCUUUCCUUAAGAGAAUGAUGGAAAAGAGGUUUCAAGCAAAGAUUGUCCAGCUGAUUAUGAGGUGUGUGACAACAGUGAGAUACCUAUUAAAAUUCAAUGAAAUAAUGACGGAUGAAGUUAUUUUAGGUAGAAGCCUUCUACAGGGCAUUCUCAAAUUUAUUGAAUAGUGCUGAGCAGAAUGGGGUUCUGGAAGGGAUAUGGGUGUGCCCAAAUGCACGAAGCUUUAAGAAUCUUUAUGAAGUUUGCUCAGAGCAGACAACAAAUAGGGACAAGUCUGCUACAGGAUUCAGUAAGAAUACAAGGUACACCGAAAAACCAUGAUGAUGAACAGUCUUGGUGUGAGAAGCGGAGUACAUACCUGCGCAGCGGCUGGGCUUGCUUGUCCAUGUGGGGAGGUCGGGAACUAGAACCUUUGCAUACAGAAAAAAAAACACAUUUUGAUGCACGAUACAGGAUGUGUGUGUGGGGGGGGGGGGGGGGGGUCAACAAGACUUGUACACUUUCAACUUAGCGAUGCCAGAGAAACAAGGAUGGAGGCUGUUGACAACUUUGUGUGUCCACGUACUCAAAGCAAAGUACUACCAGAACUCUCAUGUGAUCAGUGCUGAGGUAAAUGAGGGAGCUACUUGGAGAAGAAUUAUGAGAGGAGUAGAUGCUCUGACAAACGGAGUAAUCAGAAGAGUAGGUAGUAGCAUGAAGAUCGACAUAUAGCAAGACCUAUGGGCUAUGGCUACCUUGGGACGAAUAUCGCUGGUCGGUCACACAGUCAUCCAGAAGGUGUAACCCCUGACUGAUCCUAUUACAGGUCAGUGGGACGAAGCACUAGUAAAUGACAUCUUUUGGCUGAUGGAUGCGAGAAGUAUUCUGGCGCUACCGUUAUGCGAAUAUUUCGAAGAUGCGUGGGCCUGGCACUAUGAUAGAAAAGGAAUGUUCAUUGUUAAUUCGGCAUACAAGAUGUAGCGCCAAAUUCAGUCGAUAGCAAAUAGAGUGCAGCCAAGGGAGAGCAGCAUCCAAGGGCUAGGGUUCAAUUGGCAAAGCAUAUGGCGCCUGCAUUGCCAUCCAAGGUCCAGCAAUUUAUGUGGCUAACAACCUCCUAGAUGGAGUAUAACAACAGGCAUGGUGACAUGGUGUUGACAUCAACACGAUCUACCCAAUGUGCCAGCGGCUAAAAGAGGAUGGAUGCACCUGUUCCUGAAGUGCAAAACUGUAGAGCCUAUCUGGUGGAAAAUGGAGAUAGAACAUGAUGGGAGAAGCAGUAGGUGCAGGAUCUGGGCAUAUUGCACAUAUACAGGACCCAUUGCACGCUCAAGCUGAAGCCUUUCUCCGAAGUAUGUGCAGCACAGAGAUGGGGCAUGACACGAGUAACCAUAAAGAUGGAUUCUAUUAUUCCAAAGCUAGUGGUCCAGGACACUGACCAAGAUAGGUCCCUCAAUGGCGCCACGUUCCGAGAGAUUAAGUUUUUUUGCUUGUUUCAACCUUUUCAAUUUUAGCAUUGUUCAUUGCACAAGGACUUGUAACGGAUUACUCUAGCGAAUGCAUGGUGCAAGAUUAGGCCAUGUAUAUGGACAGAUGAUGCGCCUGAUUUUGGACAAGAUGAAGUGCCACGUUCCGAGAGGUUAAGUUUUUUGAUUGUUUCAA